CCCUGGAGAGUGAUAAUCUAUAUCAAUUCACAUUCACCCCGUUGUAAAUCCAUCGCCGUUCUCUUUCCUCGCUCCCAUAAAAUCAAUACUACAGUGAAUGACCAGCAGUAUGUCCAUCCCAUGAAAACAUUAACCUAUCCCUCGGAGGAAAUAAAAAUAAAUGAAUAAACAAACGUGGAUUGGAUUGGUGUGAAGUUAAAAUGUUCCCGAGAAUAAAUAAAGGAAUAAACAAAAUGAAAGCAAGAAGACUGCCCCUUACAACGCGGCUAUUGAGUCGAGUUACCGUGACAUUGACCCAGUUAAUUUUACCCCGCGAUGCGGUAAUAGCCUUUCUGUGUCAACCCAGGAAAGCUCGAAGCAGUGCUCGUGCAACGAUGAAGAGAAAUGGAUCAGCAUGAGAGUGAUUUGAUUGAAGAAAUGAGGGAAAAGAGAAUUCUCCACUGGAAUUUUCGAGGAAUAACGAAUCUUCCGAUUGCGUUGAGAGACUGGGGAAGUAAAGUUGAAGAAUUGUAUUUGAAGGAAAAUCGUAUAACUGUGAUACCUAGUUGGAUUUAUCAAUUGACAAACUUAACGAACUUGUAUUUAUCUGGGAAUAAGUUAAAAAAUUUACCUGAAGAGUUUGGAGUAAUGGAACGAUUGAAAGUCCUUGAUUUGAGUGAUAAUGAUCUGAGGACUGUGCCCGAGGGAGUCACGAGAUUGAAAACACUGAGGGAGUUGAUUCUUGAUGACAAUUCGUUGAGCCAACUGCCUUUAGAUAUUGAAAAUUUUGUCGAGCUGGAGAAACUCUCGCUGUGUGGAAAUAAUUUCGUUACCCUCCCAGAGUGGUUGGGCUCACUGAAAAAACUCCAAAGGUUGUUGAUAGACAAUAAUUGCCUGGAGGAAUUACCGAAUCGCUUGACGCUAGCUCCGUCACUUGAAAUUGUUUCUGUGUGCUCAAACAGAUUGAAACACUUACCCUUAAACUCCUUCAUGUCUCCCACGAUGAUUUACUUCAACUGCAACCCGAACAUGAACUACAUCAGCUAUCCCCUUCUCUGUCAAUUCCUGGAGAUGGGAUGGGACGAUGGGAAAAGUUGCUUUUCCAGGAAUCUAAACAUCACGGAGAUGAGGCCCAAUCAUAGGAUUCAACUCCAUGUCGAUUUAAGUUCAGAGAAGAACUCUGACGACGCUGCAAUCAUUAGAUUACCAAGACAGGUAAUCAGAGUUUUCAGCGCGGACAGCAAGGAGCCUGCCUCGUUGUGGGAAUUGUCGUUGAGAACAUUGUUCGAAAAUAAUUAUGAAAUCUAUCUCAACAGCUCGAUAUGCCCGCAACCUGACAUCUUCCACAAUGUUUUAUUCAAUGGUCCAAUAAGCAUCUGCUUAAGUAAUCAGUGCCGCCAGCCGAUAUUCACAGACGCCUGGGUGAUUGUCGGCGCAAGCGAGGAGGUCGCCCUCCUCAUCGUUCUACUAUUCUGCUCUCAAAAGUGUACACAAACCUUCGACUUUAUCUCCCAUGGAAUUAAAGUCCUCACCUGGCGUUGUUAAUUAAAUUCAAAUAGUGGAAAAAUUAUCCUUGUUAACAGAAAUUCAUAUAUUCCGGAGAUUGAAAGAAAUUAUAUUUUCCUAGAGACUAUUUUAAUUUAAGAAAAAAUCAAAUCGUUUUGAAUAUCUAGAUCGUUGAUUUUUAAAUGUUUAGGAAUUUAUUUAUAUACAAGAUUGUCACCAAAAUGUACAAAUGCAAAGCGAUGUUAUCGUUUCAGCCUUAGAGACUAAUCAACUUAUGUAUUUAUUGAAAUUGCUGAGGAAAUCAUCGUCCUUCCAUGUUCAAGAAAAUUCAAUAAAUUGUAACAAACUCAGAA